AUGUUUGUCUUCGGAGACAGCUACACAACGACUUCGUUCAAUGUUACCGGAGCGCAACCAAGCCACGCGAAUCCCCUCGGCAACCCGUCCUUUCCGGGAUACACUUCUUCCAAUGGACCGAACUGGGUCGAUUUCCUGACCCUGCAUCAUAACAAAACUUAUAUGGAAACGGUCAAUUUGGCUUACGGCGGAGCGACUGUCGACUCAGCCUUGGUGGCGCCGUAUCUCCCUACUGUCUUGUCGGUGAAGGAGCAGAUUGAAAACCAGUACCUUCCUCUCUACGCCGACGAACGGAAACAUUACAGUUGGCAGUCAGACAACACGCUGUUCGCAAGCUUUAUCGGCAUCAACGAUGUAGGAAAUGCAUAUGGCGAAACAAAUGCUUCGAUAAUAUUCGCAGAUGUAUGGGCCGAGUACGCCGGCCUGAUGGAACGACUAUACGAAAGUGGAGCUCGCAACUUUCUCUUCUUGACGGUCCCCCCGGUCAACCGAUCACCCCUCACCAAGGCUGCGGGUGCAAGUGCUGAAGGCUUGGAAGCAAAGACCAUCGUCGCAUGGAAUGCCAAUCUCACCUCCAUGGCAGCAGCGCUACAAGCCAGACACCGCGACACGACCGUCUUCCUUUUCGAUUUCCACAGAAUUUUCGGUCGAGUCUUGGACGCGCCCUGUUCGUUUUCGCAGACGUGUCCCUACAAAAACACCACCUCGUACUGUACCUCAUACGAAAAUGGCACUCCUAGUUGGUACACAUUCUUGCCCGAAUGUGGAGUGCCAGUAGACGAGUACUUUUGGCUCAACAGUCUACACCCGACCUUCCGCCUGCACAACAUGACUGCCGAGCAAAUUUCAGAGUUGCUGACGCGUGGAUCGACUUGGUCGACGCCGUUUCCGUGGUCAUGA